AAGUUAUAUUUUCUUAUGUUAAUCAUAAUUGCCAUUUGUUUAUUGAGAACCCAAGACAUUGUUCUGUAGUAUCUCUUGCUUCCUCAUGGUGCUUUUAACUCAUUCUUCUCUUCUCUAUAUUUCCUAGACACUACUAGCUCCUUCUAGAGGCUGGGCUGGAUUCAGGUUCAGUUGCUUUGGUGAGACAUCUUUUCAGGUGGUGCUGUUUUCUUCUUGCUUUAUCCCCAAAUCCCCUGCUAUCUAUCUGGUUAUACCACUUUAGUGAGGUUAGGGUUGAUCAGGUAUUAUUAAUCAGCAGUAUAUUUUAUUAUAAAAAGUUCCCAUUAACUUUUCACCCAAUGGCUUUAGUAUCCAGUAACAAUUGUCGCAAUCUAUUAUUUUAAUAGGAGUGACAAAAUAGCAAUUAAAAAUAAUAUCUAUUAUUGUUUUUUCCACUUAGUAGCUGACAUUUUUCUAUAAAAAGAAACUUAGGUUGCCCUGAAAUGCAAUUUGUGCAGGAAAAGAAGGAUAAACGCUUGCUUUUCCCUUUACUUACCAUGUGUUAGAAUAAUGAGUUGGCGCCCUGGUGACCUCAGACAGGCAGGAGGUAGUUAAUGUAAUACUCCAUCCAGUGAUGUGAUGACUUUAGCUGUGUUUCCUAUUUCUGUCAACAAAUGGUAAUGUUAAAGAGUAUUUUUACUCUUAAACUGUUGAAAGCUCCUUAAUAAGGGUCACUAGAAAACACUGCAGGGAGGAAUUUUGUUCAUCUCUGUGAGUGGUAGGUAAUCUUCAUUCUGUCCCACAAAUUUGCCCUGUCUUCACCUCCAUUUGUUCUCCUGGUUGGAACACUUAGGACAGCUGUUCUCUGGAGGUAUAAGCAGUUUCGUUUGUCCAAGGAUGUUUUUAUUGCUUAUUUUGGGAUUCAUUGUUGAUCAUGUGGUCUUUUAACAUCUCCCCUAAUUGCUCAGUAAGAUUAUGUAGCUUCACAUCAAGGAGGGCAAUAUUGCAUUCCUGGUGCCAAGAUACUGGGAUGCCUAUAUACCCCAGGAGCAGAUAAAAGGCUAAUUCUUAGGUUCUUUAUAUUACAAAAUUCCAAGAGCCCCAAGAAGGAUAAAGAAACCAGAAGUGAUGGACCCUACAGAGAAACAAGAAAAGCUGCCUCCAUUUUUACUUUCUUAAUAAUAGCAGUAACUUUAUGAUGGGAUAUGGGUGAAAGUGAGGAUGAUGAUGGUGAUAAUGAUGCUGGUGAUGAUGAUGGUGUGUGCGUGUUUGCACGUGGGUGAUGAAUUAGGAAGUAAUUAUAAAAGAUAGAGAAAUUUAGGAAAAGUACCUAGCCUGUAUAAAUCUGGAUUUAUAUGUCUGGGUGUAGGCAAAACCAAUUUUCAAGCCCAUAUGUGUAAGUGGCGUCCAAUGUUGCAGUGAGCUCUGACAUUCGGUGUGAUGUGAAUCAUUUGGGUAGACAGUGACUGUUUUAGCUGAUAUGUUUGAGGUUCCGUUCAGGGCCCAUUGAAUCAUUUUGAGAAAGAGUUGGCCCCAGUCAGGAAUAUUUAUCUUUGAGUUUGUCCUGCGAACAUCUUUGUGCCCUUUGGAUCAAGGCUUCUUUUUGUCUUAUUAAUUGGAGAAAUAGAUGAGGCAAAAGAAAAGACCACACACUGGAAACAGGAUGGCUUCUGGAUUGUGAUCAGUGUAGAGACCACGUACUAUGAAAUUUCAUAGGUAGAGUCCAUUGCUUCACCUGCUUUCAACAAAUAUUGAUCUAACAGAUAUGUGCCAGGCACCAUGCAAGGCUCAAUGCUUAGGCUCAACAACACCUCAUCCUCAACUUGAAGGGCCUUAUUAGGCUCUCAGAAGAAAUGCAGCAAAUAAAUGGACAGUUACAAAGGAUGUGAUGAGUGCUUCAGUAAGGAUUAUCUGUGAACUCACAGAAGGAAGACUUACCCCGGCAUGGGCAACCCCGUAAGGGAUGUCUGAUCUGAGGCCUCCCUGUGGGAGGGGGUAAGAGAAGUCAAAGCAAAGGUACCCCAUGUGCAAAGCCCCUGCCCUGUCAGAAGGUGUUCCCCAAAAUGUACGACACUAGGUGGGUCUGGAGUGGAGGAUGGGGGUGAGUGAAGUGUAAGACAUGAGGUUGGAAAGAUGAUAGAGAUCAAUCUUAUCCAGCCUGGUAAGUCAGUAAGAAGUUUGGAUAUUCUUCUGAGGAUGGUGAGGUAUCCAAGAGAGUGACACGAGUCGGGUGUUUUAGAGGGACUCGUCUGUCCCACAGUACACGCUCAAAAAUCAUUUGUACAAUGACAGGCAGCUGUAUUUUCUUCUUCCAUGCUUUCAGACAGGCGUGUGGUCCACAGAAGAGGCCAGCCCUGCAUGUGUGAUGCACAGGGAGACGUGCGGGGCUGGCUGGCCCCCAGGAGUGCCUUUUCCUCUGCAGAUGCCAGCCUCCCUGCCCAGUAUUUCUGGGAAUUACACGAACUCCAGUCCAACCACAGUCCCUCGUGGUGGUUUAACCAACAGGAAAUCUCCAUCACUUAGCAAAUCAGAAGAGCAAAUAAAACUCACCCCGUUUCCCUCUGGAACAACGUAGAACCAACUGCAUUUUGAAGACAGAGAAGCUGUUAAACUUGCAGGAAGAGUUGUUAGCAAAUGCCAACUUGUGCGGUUUCUGUGUCAGAGUGGGAGAUUCAAACACAAAACCAAAAAGAGUAUCUAGAAGGUAGGAUGGAAACACACCUAGAUAGGGGCAGCGAUAAGAAGCCUCCUGCACUUCAGAGGCUUCUGAAUAUGAAGUGCUUUGAUUGGCAGGAAAACAAAUGGGGAAGAAAAGGCAAAGUAAUUAACUGAAAGUUUUCGUGUGUAGUUUCAGGUUAGAACAGAGGAUGAGAAACACAUCGUUCCCCACGGUAGAAUUUUAGGGGGGUGGGGAGGAGAAGGACAGAACUCCACCCGAGUGUGGAGUCAACCUGAGGAGCUGCAAUGCCUCACCUGAAGGAGCUUUGGCGGAGAGAAGAGGCCAAGAGCUCUGGGCCCAGGGGCAGAGCCCCAGCUGUUUCUCCAGUGCCCACCACGCGAGGAGAGCAGCAGACUGCCAGUGGAGAGCAGGGGCGAGGCAAGGAGGGCACGGCAAACAGGAAGCCCUUAACCAGAGACACAUCGGGAAAGGAGAGUCAGAGCGAGCAGAACUCACAUCUCAAGACCAGUCUCCCAAACGGUUUCCAGAGAUGGAUUACCUUGCUUUCUUCUUGGCUAUUGUUCACAUAUACAGAGCUCUAUGUGAAGAGAUGUUCUGGGACACGACUGUUAAACUGGCUGAGAAUAUGAGUCUAGAAUGCGUGUACUCAUCACUGGACACCUUAACCCAGAUGGAGUGGUUCAAGAUCAAUACCACGGACAGAGAGUCCAUAGCCAUAUUCAGCCCUGCCUAUGGUGUGAUUAUAAGGACACCCUAUGCUGAUAGGGUUUACUUCUUAAAUUCUACCAUGGCUCCUAAUGAUAUGACCCUGACCUUCCAUAAUGUCUCUGAGGCUGAUGUUGGCUACUACUCCUGUUUACUUCAUACUUUCCCAUAUGGCCAUUGGGAAAAGGUGAUCCGGGUGGUUGCAUCAGGCACAACGACACAUCGGUUGCCUGAGAGUAGAAGCCCCUCUCCCCCAGAAAUCCUAGCCUUUCUUAACCACAGUCAGGACAGCAUAAGAUAUUUUGAUGAUUUCGAGAUAGCUGUGCCAUCAGAUAGCCACAUGGUCUCAGAACCUGGAAAAAAUAUCACACUCUCCUGUGAGCUUCCAACAAAGUGGCCAGUACAACAAAUUACCUGGGAAAAGAUCCAGCCCCAUCAGAUUGACCUCUUGACCAGCUGCAACUUGUCCCAAGGGAAAAUUUAUACUUCAAAAUACCAAAGAUGGGUGUCGAGUGACUGUAGUCUGGGAAUGACCAGCACCUUCAUCACCAUGCCCCAGGCCGUGGUCUCUGACUCAGGACUCUACCGCUGUGGUUUCAGUGCCAGAACAGGGGAAAAUGAAACCUUUGUGAGGAGGUUGACUGUAACUGAUGGUAAAAUGGAUAACCAAUAUACCCUCUUUGUGGCCGGAGGAACAGUUUUAUCGUUGCUGUUUGUAAUCCUAAUGACCGCCGUCAUUGUCAUUUCUCAUAGAAGGAGAAGGAGACAGAACAGAGGACUGUUUAAAGAGCACAGAAAUAAGGAUGCACAGAACAAGGCAACCAACAACUACAGAAAUCCCAUCUCUACCAAUCAGUCAUCGGAUUGUGCAAGAGAAGAUAUUUAUGUCAACUACCCAGCCUUCUCUCAUAGACCGAAGACUAGAAUCUAAGCUUUUUCCUGGAUCUGAGCAAAACUUAUGGUGACUGUUACGUACAUGGAUCUUAAUAUAAUUUCUUCCCACUACUCAGUGCCUAUCCAGGAUACCAGUUAGCUACAUUUAUUUAAUUUGAUAGGAAAGAUACUUUAUUACCUAGAGAACAUUCUUAACAGAAAUGUUUCAGAAAACCUGACUCUAAUUAGCUUAGACAUGAAGGGAAACUUACUGAAUCAUGUAAUGGAACCAUCCAGGGGAGAUGAAGCUUCAGGCAAGGGUUAUUCACAAAGGUUUAAAUGUCUUGUCGAGAAUUAAGUAUGGGCAUACACCUGCUUCUGGAUUCCCUUUUGUGGUAUUGGAUCCACUUUAUUGGUGUUAGCCUCUUAGGCAUUUCCCUUGUGUUUCUAAAAACCCUUGGCAAUUCACAAUCCUUGUUUCUGCCUGGUGAAGAGGUUACUUCUCUGAUAGAGCAAACAGAUUUGGUUAUUUGUGCAGCAUUAAACAGGCAACAUGGCCAAAAAAGAUGGAAUCAAGGGUUUAAGUCAAGGGUUCACCUCUAGACCCAGGAGUGAGGCCAAAGCACAUUACUGGGAAAUUCAGAGUAUUAUUAGACGAGGGAGACGGGGCCCGGAAGCUGAACUGGUUACCAACAAAUGUGAACAGCAGUGCCGUUCUGAGACAUCUCUUGUUAACCAAC